UCCACUGCACGUGUGUUUUCAUUUGCCGAAUGGUCGUGUACUCAGUCAGCUUUAGCGAGGGUUUAACAUAAAUAAUGGACGUAGUUCAAGAAGUUUUGGAAAAACAGAAACGUGAUUUAGAGCGUUACAAACCUAUCAUUGUAGAAAAACAUCUUGAAGUGCGCAAUGAUGUAGGUAUGAUGCUGUGCUCGGAUCCCAACGAUCUCGAUGAAAAAGUUCUAAAGGAAAAUAAAGAAGACUACCUCCGCGAGUUGACACGUGAUAAUGUACAGUUAUUAAUUAAUGAAAUCUGGGAAUUGCCGACGGAACGUGUGGAUGAAUGUAUUGUAGCGAAAUUGCCUGCCCCGACAACAGUUCUACCUCGAAUAAGAAAAGUUCCCGGUCCGCGAGCCCUGACAAAGUGGGAAAAGUUUGCGAAGGAAAAGGGAAUUAAGAAGAAGAAGAAGGACAAGAAGAAGUUUGAUGAAGUUCUGGAUAAAUGGGUCCCCACAUAUGGCUACCGAAAAGCAGAUGCCGAAAAACAGAAAGAAUGGGUGCUUGAAGUACCUAAAAAUGUUGAUCCAAUGGAAGACAUGUUCCAGAAGAAGAUCGAUGUACGUAACGAGAAAGUCGCUAAGAAUGAAAUACAACGAAUGAAAAAUAUUGUCCGCGCGAAAAAGAUUGACGCACCACGUGCUGGUUACCUCGGCCCAGAAGUGGCCGACUCGAAAACAUUGCGUACAGUUGCAACGGUAGCAAAAGCCUCCACAGCAUCAGUUGGAAAAUUCCAAGAAAAACUUCCAAAUGAAAAGCAGGCGCGUGGAAUAGGUGUCAAAGAACUUAUCCCCGGAACCAAACGGAAAGCUUCACAUAUCGGCGGCGAGUCCGAGAAGGAAGAAAAUUUGGCAUUAAUCAAAAGCAUUUUGAAUAAAAAACCUAAAAUUGAUGUUGAGAGGGCUAUUUCGCUACAGAAACGUGACGAUAGGAUAGAACGGGAUCAGGAACAGGCUGGUGGCGGCGGGAAGAAAAAGUCCAAGAAAGGUGGCAGAAAAGGGCGGGGUGGAGCCCCGAAGUCUGGUAAAAAACCUAAGGGUGGAAUGGGACAAAGAGCUGUUAAAAAGGGAGGAUCUGGCAGGAAAAGACGUUAGCCUUACUAGUUUAAGUUAUGUUUUAAUUAAUAAAUUCUAUGUUACAAUA